AUGUGGAUUCUACCGCUAGUGGGCUACUUCGGUGUGGUGGUUGGCUUUGCCUUCCUCACCCUGUCCAUCGCUUCGGGACUCUACUAUCUGUCCGAACUGGUGGAAGAACAUACGGUCCUGGCCCGCCGGCUAUUGACCCGAUUGAUCUAUGGCAUCAUCGCAAUUCAGAUCCUCUUGAUGAUCAUUGACCGAUUCCCCGUCUCGCUGUCGCUACUGAGCAUCGUCUCACACCUGGUUUACGCCAGCAAUUUGCGCCGCUUCCCCAUCGUCAAGUUGUCCGACCCGCUCUUCAUCCUUUCCUGUCUCCUCGUCGGUCUCAACCAUUGGCUAUGGUUCCGUCAUUUCUCGAAACCCCUCCCCCCCUCGAACAACUGGCGCCAGCCAUACGGGGUCAAUUACGAGGAGAUGCCCUCUUUCUCGGAAGUGGCCUCCUACUUUGGACUCUGCGUCUGGCUCGUGCCGUUUGCUUUGUUCGUCAGUCUGAGUGCGGGGGAUAACGUGUUACCGACAAUGGGCUCUGAGCAUGUUACGGGGGAUCGGAACGGUCUCGGUCACAGUCGGGGCCCAUCCGACGGCAAACUCAAGAACAAGGGAAUGGCCAAGGCUUUAGUGGAUAGCGUCCGCGACUGGGCCCGGGAAAACGGGGAACUGAUGGGGUUCUGGAGGGGAGAGCAGACCAGGCGCUUCUAA